UACAUCCACAGAGCUUUCACAGCAUCCAACACUCCACGGAGCAGUCAGGAGAGACGGAUCACGAAGAGCAGGACGUCCACGCAUACUAUCUGUCUACACGAUCCUGCUUCCUAAUCAGUUUUCACUCUGAGUAAGGAUCUCACCUUCCCAGGAAGAUGAUGGCGGCUGCGCAGGUGUCGGCCCUGAGCCUGACAACAUCCUCUGUGGACACAGAGGACUAUAGCAUUUAUGCUAACAUGUCUGAGGACCAGCUCCUGCAGAUAGCUAUCGAGCGAAGUAUAGCUGAUGCUAAUGCUCAACAAAACUAUUCUCGCAGACCAAGACUGACGCCACAGUGUUCACAUCUCCCACGGUCUCAGAGCAUCCCUCCUCCUGCAAACCCACCAUCUAAUGCAUCUGCUAACCCACCGGCUAAUCCAUCAGCUAACCCACCACUCAGGCUGUCAGCUAGUAUCAGCCAAGAUGCUCCAUACCAGGACAACCAUGAAAUGAUUGCAUGGAAAAGAUACAGUGAAUGUCUACGGGUUACUAUCGAAUUGGUCAAAGAUUUAGACCCUUUUCUAGCAGCGAUUUGGAAAGGUGAUGCUAAGACUCUAAGUGUGCUAAUAAAAACCAAAUCCAGAAACCUUUUGGAAGCUAAUCAGGAGGGUUGGCUCCCCCUGCACGAGUCUGCUUACUACGGCCAUGUUGACUGUCUAAAGAUUUUGCUAAGUGCCGAACCAGAGACGAUUAACAGAUGCACCCCAAAGAACCAAACUCCACUUCUACUGGCCACGAGUCGGCGACAUUCAGCCUGUGUCUGUUAUCUGUUGGAGAAGGGUGCUGAUCCCAACCUGGCAAACAACCAGAGGGAGACUCCACUGUACAAAGCUUGUGAAAAGGGAGCUGAAGAAAUUGUCGGCCUUCUAUUAAGGCAUGGAGCAUUCGCAACCAAGUCAACUCUGCAAGGUGUAACCCCACUGCAUGAAGCAGUGGCAUGCAAAAAUGUGGAGAUAUGCAAGAUGCUACUUCAAGCAAAGGCAAAGCUGAUGGCUAAAAACAUUUAUGGCAUAGAUCCGCUAUUUACAGCAGCUCAGUGUGGUUUUGCAGAAGUUCUUAGCUUCCUGCUCAUGAAAGGUGCGGACAUCAACACUCGGGCUAACGAUGGUGCCUCAGCCUUGUUUGAAGCCUCUAAAAAUGGCCACAGUGCAGUCGUGGAGAUUCUCUUGUCCAGAAAGGCGGAUGCUAACAAAUCUAACAAAGCUGGACUAUUUCCUAUUCAUGUUGCUGCUAAAAAUGGACAUGAUGGAAUUAUUGCGAUGCUAAUACCAAGAACUAGCAGGGACAAAAUAGAGCGCUGUGGCAUCAAUCCUCUUCAUAUGGCCGCAGAGUGCAACAGAGACAAUGUUCUUGAGAUGCUGAUAGAUGCCGGUUUUAAUGUCAACUCCAUGAUGUCAGAGGAUUGGUCCAAAAUGUAUGAGGAUCAUCGCAGCACCGCGCUCUACUUUGCCGUGUCCAACAGUAAUGUAUAUGCAGCCACAAUGCUCCUGGAGGCUGGAGCCAACACAAACCUGGACACCUUCAAUCCUCUACUUGUUGCUCUGAGGAAGAACUGCAUGGAAAUGGUUGAGCUUCUGGUCAACUAUGGUGCGAAUAUUAACUCCAUUCUCCAAACUCACCCCACUGACUUCCCAGCUGCUUUGAUUUUUUGCUUGAAUUACUUGCCAAUGUUUAAGUACCUCAUGGAUAAUGGAUGUGAUGCCCUAUCGUGUUUUAAGUGCAAAUAUGGCAGCCAUCCUCACCCACCCAUAAAAUCCAGCAGAGACGGAAGAGACAGGCUAUAUUACAUCAGCGAAGAAAAUUCAGAAAGCGUACAGUUCUGUGAGGUGAUCUCCAGGCCAUCAGUCUCCAGUUGGGCUGGACCCAUCAUUGACAUACUUCUAGACUACGUGGGCCAUGUGAACCUCUGUUCCAGACUUACUGGACAUCUGGACAGUUACAGUGAAUGGGCUGAAAUCAAAGACAAAGCAACACCUCCUCGUCCAUUGAUGCAGCUCUGCAGAGUAAAGAUUCGUCAGCAGCUGGGAAACCAGAGACUAAGACAGAUGAACAAUCUUCCUUUGCCUGGGAGGCUUAUCAAGUUCUUACGGCAUGAGAGAGAAUAAUUUAUUAUUAUCCUGUAAAAGGUUGGAUUUUAAAUGUGAAAGAUAGGAUGGGUGAUGCCGUGGCUUUGCAAAAGAUAAUAUAAAGAAAUAUCUAGAAAGCUCCUCAAAGCUAUUAAAGAUGUGUAAAUUCCCAUUUUAAGUUUAUGCUAAGUUGUGAGUUUGAUUUUAUUACUGAUUUUAUUUUAUUUUUUUCUGUGUGUGUAGUCAAACCAGCUGUUGUUUUAGGUAACUGACUUAUAUGUUUACGUUAAACAUUUUUACUGAUAGGGUUUAAAUCUCUUUACAUUUUAUUCAAUCAAAUUCUGAUUCAAUUUUUUAAAAAUGCACAGCAAACAGUUUGUUGUAAGUUGGUUUUGUCACGUAUGAGGGUCUGGGUGAAGCUGGGUGAUUGUGAGUGGGGAAGUGAGAGAUUGUACUGGGUAUUGUAGUCUGUGGCGGCCAUAUUUGUAGACUGCUGUGCUUUCUGGAUUGUUGAGUCUGUGAGAGGUUGUGAUCUGACGGAGCCCUUAAAGGGCUCACUCUGGGAGCCUUACCCUUACUAGGUCUACCCCCCUGGUUGAGGACCAGGGAAGUGUGGGUGGUUGGUGUGAAAUUCUUGAUGGAGGUUCAGCUCUAGGAUAUCUUGUGCGGUUACCCAGCAUUGUUCCUCUGGACCAUAACCCUUCCAUUCUUUGAGAUAUUCCAGUCAGCUGUUCCUGUGAUGUGAAUUUAAGGCUUUCACCAGAUAGGUUGGCUGGCCUUCGAUGUUGAGGGGAGCCGGAGGGGUUGUGGCUGGAAAAUCGAAAGCUCAAGGCCCUUGUAUAGCUGGCUUUAGGCAUGACACAUGGAAGGAUGGAGAGAUACGCCAGUGUUAUGGUAAGUCUAACCUGUACAUGACGUCAUUGAUUCAUCUUCUGAUUUGCCAAUACAUUUGUGGUUGAGUUUUUUGCAUUGAUGUGGGUGGCAUAGGUCGUGUGUGGGGAGCCAUACUUAGUCCCCGGUUUGGUAAUCGGGGUUGGGUCCUCUGUGUUUGUCAGCUUGUUCCUUAUUAUUCUGUGAGGUCUGCUCCAGUCGUUGAUGGGUGUUUUCCUCAAAUGUGCCCACUCCUUUGAAACCAUUCAUCUACUGCCAGUGAAUCUGUUGGGUUGGAGUUCCAAGUAAAUAAUUGGGGUUGGUAGCCUAGGAUGCACUGGAAAGGAAUGAGUUGGGUGGCAGAAUAACUUAAAGAAUUUUGGGUGUAUUUCGCCCAUGGUAAGAACAGUUCUCUGGGUUGUUAGCACAAAAUGUCCGCAAGAACCGGCCUACGUCUUGGUUGACUCAUUCUAUUUCACUCAUUUUGACUCAUUCUAUUGACUCAUUCUAUGACAGUCCAUUGGCUUGAGGAUGGUAACCUGAAGUUAGACUCUGUCACCCCCAAUUUCUCCAUAAAACUAGCCCACACUCUUGAGGUGAAUUGAGGGCCUCGGACAUUCACUAUAUCCUCUGAGAUCCCAAAGUAAUGGCAGAUGUGGUAAAACAAUAGUUCUGCAGGAGUAUAAUUGGGGAGUGGUGUUGAGAUUUCAUUGAUACCAGCCUCAUUUUAUUGAUACCGGUGUCAAUUAAAUCCAUGAACCCCACGCUGCUGUCACACAGACACAGAAUGCAGUGAUCGCUUCUUAGUUAAAUUCUGACAAAAAGCAGAGUGUGUAUAUAUACAGAAAGAAGAGGAAGGGUGGGGAUCUGAGAGUUGAAACAUUGCUUGCCUAUGAACAGAAAGCUUAUCGUGCCCAAACAAAAACAACAGGGACAGAAACGUCUGAGUAAUUAGAUAAGAAGAUGUAGUCGUUGGGGAAGCAGGGUGAUAAAAGCACUCAUACUCAAGACGCAUAUAGGUGAGGGAAACAACACCAUAUAUGUGCAUUCCUUCUUCUACACAGGCUAUCAUGGGGAACAAAGAAAGAGAGAAGAGAAAGAGCAUGCUGAAGUUACGUGAAACUUCUCUUUGCCUUCUUAGGUCUCAACAGGACCCGCACAUGCUGGCUGCACCUGCCCCAAGUCAUCUGUUUCCUUAAACAACAGUCACCUCUAUGGUCACGCAUUUACAAAGGGUCGUGACAACACAAAGCAGAGUGUUGGGAAGGCAUGUCCUAUUCGGCUACUAAUACAUAACUGUGUAUCGAGAAGUGGACAAUGCAUCAGAAGAGGGACAUAAGGCACUGUAUAAAACAAGGCAGAAACAGUCAAGACUGAAUGUAGGAGCCAAUAACCCAUCUGCGGCAGAGCGACAAUAACCAGGAAAACAAUGAGUCAUCAGCAGGCGGUGGAACAAUUAUGGCUUCCCUCGUGUUUAAUAUAAGCGACGCUUCGUGAAUUGUCAGGGAUAUAGAAACAGCACGAGCUGUUGAGCAUCUUACAAAUGCCACCCUACUUUAUUUUGCACUUCAACUUUGAAAAAGGGCAUUUAGUUCAUCAUUAAUCAGUGUGAGUGGUUCCUGUGUCAUUGGUCAAGGAUAGCAACAUGUAAGUAAGUCCAUUAAUGUCCACUAAUUCAAAUCUGGAACCUCCCAAAAACAUACCAUCCUACAAUGGCGCUUGGAGUCGUCCAAGGGUCAGCGAGGCUAUAUCCCUGGAAAUGCUGAGGUGUGUUUCGUCUAAGUCUAAUCAGUUUGGUCAAUUAACUGGCCCCAGUAUGGAAUGGAUCAUAUUUUUCCAAUGGGGAGGAAACAUGAACUGAAACAGAGGGCACCACAAAGGCAAGAUAGCAACAUCCGGUCCAAUUCAAAUGUCUAGGUAUGAGGAUGUAAGCAUGUUUACCACAGACCCAAAGAACUGUGUGGGUGAAAGCUAGACCGCUAAAGGGACAUCUACCUUUGGCUGGGGUAAAGCCAUGCUAGGAAAAAAAACUUGUCAUUUAUGCUACAUGAGGCAGCAUUCAAGUCUGCAUACAAGGUGACAUUGAUGUAGACUUUACACAAGGAAUGGCCUAACAUCAGACUCAACAUGCACAAAUGCAUGCGUCUCCAAACUUCUCUGGAACAUUAAAAACCUGGGUGGUAUUCAGAAUGACAGUAGGGUUAGGGGAACACUUUCACCAGGCAAACCCCUACAUUUCUUAUAGACAGUAUGUUCAGUUGCGCUGUUAAGACAGCAUCCACGCAUUGCGUUCAAGAUUUCUACAGUGUUGGAGCCCAUGGUAUCAUUGUAGUCUUUUAGGUUGUUGUGAUAAUAUGAAGACAUUUGCAAGAGCCAGACAAUAUCUACAGGAAUCAUGUAAGAUGAAGAGAUCUUGUUGGCCUCGGCAGUAGCACCAUUGUCUAAGGGAAAAAGAGGACCAAUGGUGUGAGCCAAGGUGAUGACUCAACCAACACGAGUCAUAGUGUACAUCAAAAGAGACUGAGCUAUUUCUAAAGAGAAUGAACAUGCCAAAUUACCACCUCAUGUCUGUAUUGGGAUGAAUGCGCUGACACAGACCGUGACUGCACUAAUUACAGAGACAAGAAUUGGGAUCCCUUCUAGAUAGGCCAUUACUAGAAGUCAACUUCUCUGUCUCUCUGAUAGGGUCACAAUGGCUACAAUUAGGACUGUGCCCAAAUACACGACAGAACCAGUGUCUAUGGCGGAUUUGCAUUUCAGGCAUAGAGAGCGCUAAUUCAACAAGUUAAGCAAUUCAUAUGCGUUUUCAGGAGCAGAGGUCAAUUGAUGACGAGUGUGGGUGUUAAACAGUUGUAGCAAAGGAGUAAAGCUUUGGCGGAUUAGAAGGUAUAGUUCAUGUGUGUAUCUCAAAUACAAAAUAAUGCUAUAUGUAUAUGUGUUAAGGUGAGAGGAGAAGAGGUCCCAUAAGGGCUACUUGAUAGCAGUAUUGUCUCUUGUCAUGGAUGGACAGAGCUUGAUACGGCAGGCGUGGAUCCACUGGGGUUGUGAAUCCGUGAGGAUCGCAGUAUGGGUAACGCCACCACGCAUGUAGGAGGGCUGAAGGCUGCUUCCCCAACCUUUCCUGGAUUCAGACUUUUGACGAGAACUGCGCCACCCGGAAGUAAAAGGUUCCCCUUGUGUCACCAAAACAGCUCUGACUCGUCGAGGCAUGGACUCCACAAGACCUCUAGCACCAAGGCGUUAGCAGCAGGUCCUGUAAAUUGCGAGGUGGGCCUCCAUGGAUCAGACGCUCGAUCAGAUUGAGAUCUGGGGAAUUUGGAGGCCAAGUCAACACCUUGAGCUCUUUGUCAUGUUCCUCGGACCAUUCCUGAACAAUUUUUGCAGUGGGUCAGGGAGCCACUGCCAUUAGGGAAUACUGUUGCCAUGAAGAGGUGUACUUGGUCUGCAGCAGUGUUUAGUACCUUCAGUUCCUGCAGUUCCGCUUCACAUUCUGGCCCAGCUAUCUCUUGAGGGGAAUCUGAGCCCUGAGGCUGGCAUGCAGCACUCCUGAGAUCAUGUGGACCCUGUUGAAAUGUCCUAUAAACAGACUGGGGACACAGGGACGAUUUUGGCAGAGGACUCGAGCAGCAAAAAGUGAAACACAGCAUUUCUGACUUUAACUUUUAAUUUAAAAAAAAACUGACGGAAAACUAAACUUUCAGAAGAA